UGCUUUAAAAAAUUGGUACACAGGUGGUGCUUAAGUUAACGGCCACCCAACCGAAAAAACAGCCAAGAUUCCCUCUUCACCUCUCCCUCCUCUCAAUCCAAAAAAAUGAAGGAAGAAAAAAAGAAAACUUAUUUUCUCCACCAUGAGAACACGGCUAGCAGCUUUCAUAUUAUACCUCUUUUCCUAGAUCUCCAACAAUUUUCCUUCAAUCAUAAAUUAAAUCUACUCCAUUUUAUCAGGUAGCUGGAUAAAGGUAGAAAUUGUUGGAGAUGAAUAAAAUGUUCAAUAAAAUGAAAGAAGAGGAAAGAAUAGAAAAGAUCAUUCGUGGUCUUUUAAAGCUUCAAGACAACAGGAGAUGUAUCAACUGCAACAGUUUGGGGCCACAAUACAUUUGCACAACUUUCUGGACAUUUGUCUGCACACGUUGCAGCGGAGUGCACCGCGAGUUCACACAUAGGGUAAAAUCUGUGUCAAUGGCUAGAUUUAGUGAAGAAGAAGUUAGUGCUCUGGAAGCUGGGGGUAAUGAGAGAGCAAAGGAGAUCUACUUCAAAGCAUGGGAUCCAUAUCGUAAUUCAUAUCCAGAUCCCAGUGAUCUUCACAGACUUCGGGAGUUUAUAAAGCAUGUUUACGUGGACCGCAAAUAUACAGGUGAGAGGGGCCGUGACAAGCUUCCCGUAGUGAAAACGAGUUUAAAAGAUGACUACAAGGAAAUGUACAGUCCUGGAGCCGGAAAUGGUGACAGAUGUUCAUCUGAAACAUACAGUCCAAGGAAAAGGAGUGAUGAUAUAAACUUAAGAUCAUAUUCCAAUAUUGAAGAUAGAAGAAGUCCCCGUAAUUACAACCAAGGUAAGAGGUCUAGCAGGGAGCGGAGCCUACCAACUCGCUUUGAAAUUGUUGAUGACAGGUUCCGAGAUGAGGGAACUGGUGAUGUUAAGCGAUAUCAAUAUCAUAUAUUCUCAAAAUCAGAAUCCAGGCGCACAAGCAGCUCACCUAGUUCCCCUAAAAUACAUUCAAUUAAAGACAUCUUGGGUGACAAAGUUAUACCACUAGAGGUUGGUGAGUCUCCUAAACAAAGUGGCGGAGUUACUCGUGAAAGCUCGGCUAAUGAUGAGAAAAUGGCAAAGGAAAAGGAAAAGGCAGCUGCCAAUAUUGGUAGCUUAAUUGAUUUGGAAACUGAGCCUCAGCCGCAGCCUCAGCAACAGGCACAACAAACAGAUCCACCUAAAGAGACCUCCAAUGCCUCAGCUCCACCUUCCUCAUCAGAUAAGGUUUCUAGUAUGAAUUUACUCGAAUCUUUGUUUAUUGACAUGUCAACUCCACCAGUUGCGUCGACCGAAAUUCCAGCUGCCACUCAACCAGCUGGAGCUUCCCCUGUAGUUUCUGGUAGUUCCGGACCUCCUAUGGCUUUGCCAGAGAGUACCCUAACAUUGCCCGGACCUAGUGAUUCCACAGCACUACCAAUCAAAAAUCAGCAUUCUGCAGUGUCCAUGGGGAUCAAUGGCUCCAAUGUUCAACCAAGUACCACAUCAUUUGGAGUCGUGUAUGGUCAGCAAAAUACUUUGCAACCUACAGGAAAUGCUGAAGCACCACCUACAAAUCCAUCAUCUCUUCAACCAUCUCAGGCUGCCUCUAUGACAGCUCUAAAUACUAGUCCAGGAAAUGAUCCAAAAUCUAUAGGAAGAAAAGAACUCCCAGCGGACCUUUUCACAAUGAGCUAUCCUCCACUUGCUGCAGCCGUUCCAGGUUGGCAAUUUGCCUCUCAUGGAAUGGCGUAUGGCAUGCAAUACCAUCCGACUGCAAUGGCAAUUUCAGCUCUCCCAAACUCAGCAAGGUCAAGAAAUCCAUUCGACAUUGGUCAAGAUGGACCUCAAGUUCAAGCACCAGAGUUCCCUUCCAUGUUACCUAUGCAAGCAGCACUAACAACAAAUGUACAGCCUCAGCCUCAGCCACUGCCUUAUGCUUUGGCAAUGCCUCCACAGACAACUAACUAUGGGAUGACCAUUCCUAGAGGAGUAUAUGUAGGGCAACAAAUACCAAACAACAUGGCCCUUGCCAAACCGCAAGGGAAUACUAGCUUUGGCAAGGAUGAUUCCACCUUCUCUUCCCUAAAUCCUCUUCAACAGUCCAAUCCAGUGCCAGCUACAUCGAAUAGUUUUUCAUCUGUGGGAGGAAAUCCAUUUGGAUAGUUGAAAAAAGAAACAACAAACAUAUAUAUACAAGACUUCACUUGUUCCAGUUUCUUGAAUCCCACUCACAUAUAUCUUAGGAGAAGUUAGUUUCAGUCAGUCUGGUUUAAAUGUGUAUAGCUAGCAAGUACUAUGAAACUCAAAGGUGUAACUAGCAGUUGUAUAUAUCCAGAGGCGGAUUCAUGAUUUUAACUUUAUGACUUCAGAACUCACAACCCUUUUGCUUACUGGGUUCAAAAUAGAUUAUUUAUAGUACUACUAAGUGGACGGGGUUGGGUCAAAGCUAUAGGGUUCUGCCGAAUCCGUAACACAUAUUGUAGAUCCGCCCCUGUAUAUAUCAACCAGAGGUGAAUCCAAGAUUGAAACUGCAUCCGCCUUUGAUCUGAACUAAUUUGAAUUUGGGAAAAUGUGUAUAACUGGAGGUAUGUACAUUGGUCUAAUUUUCAAUUUUUCAUCCUGAUGGUGAACUUGGUCAAUUAGCUGAUUGAUUUACUUUGAUUUAUUCUCAUGCUUCUAUACAUUAUUUUUUA